AUGGCUUCGCCAAACCGCCCAUCGCUGUCGGUUCGGCGGCAGUCUUCCGCACGGAACCUCAAACAGCCCGAACAUGACGACUUGACUCAGUCUUUGAACCAACUCUCUAUCUCCACCUCGCCCGGCCGAGCUCCGUCCCGCCUCUCCUCCGAACCAGCGUCUCCCUUCCGCCCAUCGGGUCGUCGCACUUCACAGUCGCCCGCACCAAAUGCUCGAGCUCUGUCCCGUAGCCCGUCCCGGAGCCGCGAAGCUUCUCGGGACACACCCACACUACUACGAAAGGCGUCUAUGAAUUCGUUGCGCUCCUCUAAUGGUAUCGGCCCCGGUUCGACCCCUUCGAGACGUUCUAGCGUGGUGCAUCAUAUAUCACCAACUCAGGCCAAGUCGCCUCUAUCAUCUACUCCUCCUGUGCUGGAGAAACCUCGACCAACUGCGAUUUCCAUUGCACAUGACAAUCUGAGCGACGAGCUGCAGGCGCAUCAUGGCGCAACAUCCACUCGCCCAACCCAGAUGAUCGUAUUGCUAAAUGAUGCCGUCUAUGGACAUCGCUUCUCCCGACCCCGAACUUCUCGUGCCGCUCUUAGUACUAUCGUCGAACGUCCAGAAAGAAUUAAGGCUGCCGUGUUGGGUAUAUCUGCAGCGUAUGUCCGCCUGGGUGGAAGACACUCUGAAGGCGAAUACCCACUUCACCCAAAGAGAGAGGCUGAGGAUAUCCAUGGCAUUCCAUUCCGGAUACAGAAGACGGAACGUAGACUUUCUCUCUUGUCACCAGCUGUAGUUAAUGUGCAUGGGACAAAAUGGAUGGAAGAGCUCAAGAUGAUGUGUGAUGCAGCCGAAUCGAAACUUGCAAUGGGGGGAAAGGAACUACAGAGGCCACAGAUGAACAGAGGGGCUGAGAAAGCUGACAAGUUCCACGAAGGCGAUCUCUACCUUUGCUCAGAGUCUCUGAACGCCAUGGAAGGUGCUCUGGGAGCUGUUUGCGAAGCCAUCGACACUGUUUUUGGUCCCGGACCUCAGCGGGCCUUCGUUGGCGUGCGACCUCCCGGUCAUCAUUGUUCCGCCUCCUAUCCUUCGGGCUUCUGCUGGGUCAACAAUGUUCAUGUUGGUAUCAUGCAUGCGGCUCUGAACCAUGGGCUCACGCAUGCUGCUAUCAUUGACUUUGAUCUUCACCAUGGUGAUGGUUCUCAAGCUAUUACAUGGCAGCACAAUUCUCGAGGAAACAAUGCUGCCAAGAAUGCGGCAGCAUGGAAGAAGUCUUCAAUUGGCUACUUCAGCUUGCACGACAUCAACUCGUAUCCGUGUGAAAUGGGCGACGAAGAAAAGGUUAGGAGCGCCAGUAUCUGUAUCGACAAUGCACACGGACAGACAGUUUGGAAUGUCCAUCUGGAGCCUUGGAAGUCCGAGGAGGAAUUCUGGAAACUCUACGAGACCAGGUAUAUUGUGCUCUUGGACAAGGUUAGAAACUAUCUCAGGAACCAGGCGGAGCGAUUAAGAGAAUCAAACUUGCCUCCAAAGGCUGCCAUCUUCUUCUCUGCUGGCUUUGAUGCCAGUGAAUGGGAGAGCGCAGGAAUGCAGCGUCACAAGGUCAACGUGCCGACAGAGUUUUAUGCCCGUAUUGCCCAGGAUGUCGUCAAAUUGGCGGCUGAAGAGGGACUUCACGUUGAUGGUCGAGUUAUCAGCGUGCUAGAAGGCGGCUAUAGCGAUCGAGCUUUGUGCUCUGGUAUCCUAAGUCAUCUCAGUGGACUCGCUGGAGAUCAAACUUACGCUCAAGAGCCAGACAAUGUUGGCCGUCUUGGUGUCGAAAUGGGGCAGAAGAUUGGAUCCCUUUCAGGAGAAACGUCAUACAGUUUCGAGCAAAAGCCGUCAUUGGACUCCGUUCAUGCUUACGACCCAUCAUGGUGGUCGCCAUCCCUUUUGGAUGAGCUCGAGGCUUUGAUGGAGGUUCCAAAUGGUCCAGCCAAGAAGCCACAGAGCGCUACCCUUCCAACCUACUUCUCACCAACACAGGCAUCAACGGCUAAGGUCUCAGAUCCCAUCAAGAUGCGACGUAGUUUGUCCAAUUUGGGUGCGUCUAUGACCAGGCCUCCAUCACCACCUCCGCCAGAAGUUCCUUGGGCCAUUGCAGCCCAUGAGCUCAGCAAGCUCCUGAUUCCCUCUAGUCGUCAAACCGAUAGCUGCAAGCCUGAGGAACUGAAUGCAGAGGCAAGUAAAGCGAGACGAGAUCGCCAAUCAAUAAUCAUGGGCAUUGACCCAAAUCCUCCUGCUAUCUCUUCUUCGCGUCCAACUUCUCGCAUGUCUUUACGUGAGAGACGAGCCAAGGCAGCACCUCCUGAUCCAACUACUGAAAAGGCACCCACAAGCCGCAGAAGAACAAUGGGCGCUGCUCCCAUCUCUUCGGACAAGCCGGCAGUGAGGAGGACCAGUCGUCGUCUUAGUGAGAUCCCGCCAUCCCUCACAACAAGAGAUGUAUCACCAGGCGAAGCAGAUCAGCCUGAGGUGGUGGAGCACGCUCGUACAGUCCCCAACUCACCCAUGGCUACGAAAUCUGUUGCCAGCACCAAUCCUCCAGUCAAGAAGGCAAGGAAUUCUACCGCCCCUCGCAAGGAGCCUGCACCCAGAGCACCUCGGGGUACCAAGAAAGCUACUACUACCGCUGGCCCUUCGCGACCUGCCACAGCUACACAGAAAGCCAAGUCGCCAGCCAAGGCUUCGAAGAAGGACGGUGCAUCUGGCACGGGUGGCGAUGACAUUGACAACAUCACCUCUGGUAUGAAGAAGAUUCGUAUCAACUUGAUCACCCAGUCUCAGAAGGACGCCAAAGAGCGAGCUCGCCUUGAAGCUGAGAAAGCCAAGGGCAAAGAAUCUUCUAUCACAUACAAGCCUGCCACAGCAUCUUCCAUCACUCAGCUGAUGUCUCCUCCCCUGAGUUCUCCUGCCAUCCCCUCUGUUUCCGUACACCCUAGCACGGAUGCAGAUGAUAUCUUUGUUCCUUACCAACCCGAAGGCCCUGCGCCUGAGCCCGUUGCUCAAAGCGAGCCUUUGAAGUGGCUUCCACCUAACGUACCAACUCCAUCUGAGCAAACGCCUGUCGCGACACCUAGCCCGGCCAAGAAGAGCAAUCUUUUCCAAUACACUUCCGGUAUUCCAUUUGCCCCUCGCCCGGGACAGGGAGCCAAUGAGCCCAAGGCCGCAGAGCAGGGUGUUAAGCCAGAGCCAAACCCGCCGAAUCCUAUCGAGGAGAUUCCGGAGACGCCUCAGCAUUAA